UGACAAUAAAUAAAUAAUUAUUGUUAUUAUACGAUCGAUUGCAAUUAGUAUAGCGAUGUUAUCUACGUUGCGUGAUCCAUGGAUAUCGACCAUAAUAAUUGUUGUAAGGCGUCUUUUCAAUACGGCAGUAGGUGUAUUGUCCGAGCAGCAAUGAUGUAGUCUAUGCUAUACUUUUUCAAUAUAAAUAAAAAUAUAUAAUGAAGGUGCAUCCUCAAGGCACGUCGAAGUAUGGCCCAGGUUUUAGGAGUCGGAAGAGUUGGAUUGCAGAAAAAUCGAGUCCAAAAGUUGAAGCAAUCGAGGAUGGACCGAUAUCACUUUUUGCGACUAGUUUGCGCCAUCAAACAACUGAGUUUUUUAAUAACUCUACUUUGCAUGGUGUUCGAUAUAUUGCAGAGAAAGAACGGCCGUUCUGUGAGAAGUUUAUGUGGUUCAGUUUUGUUGCCAUAGGUGCCGUGGCUACUUGUAUCAUUAUUGUUAGUUUAUGGGAGAAAUUUCAGACCAACCCAACAAUUACGGGCUUAGAUACAGACUUUCACAAUUGGGACGUCCCUUUUCCUGCGGUCACAUUGUGCGAUCAAAAUCCAGUGGACGAAGAGUUGCUGCAAGAAUACAUUGCCAAGAUAUGGGAAUCAGACCCGCCGUCGAAAGCUCCAGAUAUGCUGCGGUGGCUAGCGACACUCAGCUAUGAAUCAAUUGCUAGUCGAACUUCGGAAUUUGUAAGUGAUCACGAUUUAAUAGAAAACGAUCUGACUGAGCCUUUUCUACAGCCCAAGGAUGCCGUCUUCAGCAUUGUAAGGCAUUGCGAAACAUUAUUCUACGAUUGCGAAUGGAAAGGAGAUCCCGAGGAAUGCUGCGCCUUACUUGUGCCGGUUUUUACGGAGAUGGGAUUUUGUUAUGCUUUCAACUCGCGACACGCCGAACGGUCAUGGCCUUGGCAAGCACAAACGGACCUCUUUACAGAAGCAUUUAUACACGAAACCGAUGCUAAGUGGUCCUUCAUGUUCAAUUCGUUUCGUAACGACACCACUAUCGAUGUAUACAUACAUUCUACAGAAGAAAUGGCUGGUUUGGAACAGAAUUCUCAGCACUCGUGGGACAGCCGCGUGGAGAAGGUGUCCUUCUCUGUCAAACACACAUACACCACAGAGGACGCUCGCCAGCUCUCAAUCCGUCAACGUCGUUGCAUAUUCGCCGAUGAAAAGUCUUUGGAAACGUCUAACAUUUACACGUACACGGCGUGCAUGCGGCAGUGUCGAAUGCAGCGGUGUCGUUCUUUAUGCAAAUGCGUUCCACAUUUUUAUCCUCUCAUAAAAGGCUAUAAACAUUGUACAGUAAAGGAACUUGAGUGUAUAGCUAAACACGUUGCGGCCAUAACUGAUGUCACUCGAUGUGCUUGUGAGCUAGGAUGUUCCCAUACAGUUCAUGAGGUUGAAAAAUUAACAGACAUAGACACAAACAAGGGUCCAUCACAAACUAAUUCUCUGGAAACUGAAUUCGUUUCUUGGCCUAUGGUGAGGUACAAACGUGAAGUGCUAUUUGGUUGGGUUGACCUUUUAGUAUCCUUCGGCGGCAUAGCAGGACUUUUCCUGGGUUUCUCGCUUCUCUCGGGCGUGGAACUGAUCUACUACUUCACUCUGCGUGCGUGUUGCGCGGUCGUGCGCGACACGGACACGCUGCGCCGAGAACGCGCUGAGCGGCUCGCCCGCCCCAAACCGCCGCACGACUUGAGCCUUGUGCCUUGGUGGAAGCAGCCUCCGGUUCCAAUCGACAAGCGUCCUUUGAAGGUACGGGCCAAAGAUGUCCAGCCACCACAAUAUUCGCCGCCUCCAGGAUACACUACAUAUUUGCCUUGAUAUAAACGUUUUAUUUCAAAAAUUACUUCAGAGGCUGUAUUAUAGUGAUUAUAGCUUUGUGUUGAAUUAAUUAAUAAUGAUUAAUCAAAUAAAAUACAAAAGAAAUCUUAAUUAACUUUUAUUUCAUAUUUUUGGUCACAUCCAUCUAAAAAUGUCGCAAUAUUUUAAGUAAUUUCAAAUCGAACUACAUUAUCAUGACAAAACAGUCAACAAGUUCAAAAUAUUCGAGAAAUACAUCUAAACAUACACAAUAACAAGAGUCCAAAACGAUCACAAUAAUGCAGUUCAAUAAAUAACAAGUUUUUAAAGAGAUAUAUUUCGUCUUAGAUAUUCUUACACUGGUAUUGCAUUUCGGUACCUGGUUCUAUAUUAUGAACCACAUAUGGUACAGGUGACGCCAAACUUUUUGAAUAAUCUGGUAGUGGUAAAAAGCGUUGCAUUAGACACUGUAUAGUGCUCGGCAAAAACUUGAACAUUGACGUGUAGGCCAGACCGAUUGGUUGAUCAGUCGGCGCGGGUGCACGCCAUAGGUUGAUAAGCUGAUCCUUUCUUCUUGGGUUCGCCAACUUUCUCCCAAGUCCCAUUACACUGCUUCAGAUUCAAGUUGUUUGUGGGACACUAUUUCCGCCGAAAGACGGUAGGGAGUGGCAGCAUACACCGCGUAUUCGGUGCAGGGCGGGGUAGGGUUUGGUGUUUAUUUUACCAGCACAAACAAGAACUUCAAAGCACUCAAGAAGUUUGACGUCACCUAUUUACAACGUGGUCGACGCAAUCAUUAUUUGGUAGUAAUUUUUGCUACUUUUAAAGGCCGAAACAAACAAGACGCGCGACGAAACCACGGCUCAGUUGCAAUUAGGCUAAUUUUGUUGUACGCAAUCUCUAAACUAAAAUGACAGGUUUAAAUUUAUUGCUAUCGCUUUCAUAAUGCUAUCUACGGAAAGGGAUAGCACUUGAUAGACCCGGCAAUUUAGUUUUAAUGUGCGUACAACAGAAUAUACAUGAAAAUUUUCACAAUACAAAACGCGCGUUGGAGCUCCUUUAAUCCAGUCACUUGUUGCAAUAAAUACAACGUCCCUUAUACGCUUUCAAUUUGUAUAAGCGCGCUGUGUGUGACGUCACAAGUCUUUAGGUUCCGUCAUACGUCGUGUGUUUCAAGACUUAAGUUAGUCUUUAAUGCCAAAGCCAACAGGCAGAUUAUCGCAUUGAUUUCAAGUUUCAUGUUUCAUUAUUUCAUAUCGAGCAACUGUAAAAUUUGACUAUUAUUAUAUUAUGACAAAAUGUAAAUUAUUAUACUUACUUAACAAUUAGGAAUGAAACCAUAGCCUUUAAGAUACUAAUUAAACUAAGUAAUUGCCACUUUAAAUAUUGCUGAUUUGGUGAUAACAGCAUGUUAGUAUAAAAUCAUAUCAAUCUACUUAAAAUAACAAAAUUAAGGCAGUAUACAUACAGCAUAAAAAAGUAAAUGUUGCCUUUUUAAAAAUAUUACGCUGUAUUAAAAUUUAUAAUACGUUAUGUAUUAUUUUGUUGGUUCAAAGUUUCAUUUAAGUACCUGUUCUUAAUAAGUAGGUAAUUACUAAGCUUUCUAAGUACGUGACUAUAAGUAGUGAAUUUUAUGUAUCGUAUUCACGAGGUUGAGCUAAAAAGAGAUAAAAGCAUAUUUAAUUGGAAAUUACAUUAUAUAGUACGGUCUAAAUGUAUAAAAAAAAAGUAAUGCGCGACAAAUUUUGUUAGCCUCUAUAAUAUCUGGACAUUUUUGGGCAUUUUGUUGUUAAAAUGUUAGACCAAAAAAAAAAAUUUGAUUUCAAAAAUACUGGAAAUUCAGUGCCUACUUCCUACAAUGUACGUCCGAACGUCGAUCACUCAACUAAUUUUACCCACACUUUGCUAUCUCUAUUCUCUAACUAAAAACUGAACACUAAUUUAAAAUAAAUUCAUUGUAAAUCUUAUUGGUUACCAAUUUCAAUGCAAAUUUUAAUGGUAACUCAGUAUACGAAAUACUCGUGCCAUACAAGAAUAUUUUUGUCCCGGUAUCACUUGUGAAAAAUUCAAAACAAAUAAUAUAAUAUAGUUUUUUUUGAAUCUAAGAACGUAAGUUAUUUAUCACAGAACAGAUAACGCUUAGUUAGGGCGAGUAAAACAGUUGAUUGACCCACGUACGUGUUAAGGCCUAUGCAUACACAAAAGUGAAUUUACAGUUCUUUCACUGAUAUGUGUGAAUGGGCCUUCAUUAAGACUGAAACAAACACGAAUUGUUUGUAAAACAAGUGUGAAUGCUUUCAUAAAGAAUCCUUCCUUCCUUCCUCUUUUUUUGCAAAUUUUAUUAGUUCCGUCACCGUCGUGUGUAUUUCAGGCUUAUUUGAAUUUUUUACUAACUUUUAAAUUAAAAUAAAUACGAUGGGCGUAGGUAAUUUAAUAUGAUUUAAAAAGCAAAAUAGUACCAAAUAUUUUGCGUUGUGUUUAGGAAAAUUGGCGCUAAUACUUUUUAAAAUAUAUUAUUAUAUAUUAUUUAAUAUAAAUCUCUAAACUCUCUUUGCUAUAUCCAUCAACGCAUAUUUAUAUUAUAAAGUGUGAAAGUGUGUCUGUCUGUUACCUUUUUUACGGCCCAUCUGUUUCACCGAUUUUGGAGAAAUUUGGCACAGAGAUAGCUUGCAUGCCAAAGACGGACAUAUAAAAUAAUAUUAUAUUAAGUAUACUUUUUAUCCCAGAAAAUCAGGGUUCCCAGGGGAUUUUAAAAUAAAAUUUAAACCCACGUGGUCGAAGCCGCGUGCAUCAUCUAAUAAUAAAUAAAUAUGUAUAUAAUAUAUUAUCUGUUCAAAUAUAAAUAAGUACAACUUAAGUACCAACAGAUGUGUUACAAUCGUAAGUAAUAAGUAUUAAAAGCAAAGUAUCCGUAAAAUGUUAGCAACUAAGUAAAAAAUUAACAAAUUCCUGAAGUGAAGGUAUUAGGUCAAGUGUCCAUUAGGUCGCAAAAUUGAAUCGCAAGUAAAUCACCUCCUUACUAUCAAACUGCACCCAUUAGCUAAAAAACGUAUGAAAAAUAUUAUGGCAGGAAAUAGUACGAUUUGAGUCGGCGACCUAAUCGACCUUAUAUAAAUAAACUAUAAUAUAUUUUUCUAACAAAAACAAUACAUGUAAAUUAUAAGUAUCUUUAAAUUAAAAUUCACAAAUACUUUUAAGGGUAACUGAAUUGUUUUCAUUUCUGAUAGAUUGAACUAAACU